GCGAAGGCUAAUUACUACAGGGAAAAAAAACCAAGCAAGUAUGCUCCAAACGAAGGAAAAGAAUUUGGUGGUUUUGAAAUUUUAACGUUGCAGUGAAAUGCUCAAAUGAGCAUAAUUUACCGCAUAUUCUCUGUAAACAUUUCAAACGUUCAGCCAUUAGAGAACCGCCAACGUCUGUGUAGAUUACUAUUUCAAAAUUUUAAAAAGAUUUCAGGGUUUGAAGAGCGGGCCAGUGUAAUUUUCUCGAAUGUGGCAUGCAAGUUCUCUGGAAUUUAUAGAUGGCAUUGAAUUUUCCUGGUUUGGGGUGGUGAAACGUAACUUUCAAAAAUUGCAUAUAAGACCCGAUAAAUUGAGCCUCAGGGGGGCGCUUCCAUCGUCUUUAAAUUUAAAAAUAUAUUCCUUUAAAGCAAUAGAAGAGAAAAUGAUUUCAACUUCUUGAAGAUAUUGAAAGAAUUUUCAAGUAAAGAAGAUAGUAAGCUGGUUUUAAUGGAAGCUGUAAGGGCAAAGCCAUGAAACUUGGGUUUAGGCUGUAGGUUGAAUUGUAGCCAUGGAGAAGGUCUGCUGUAGAUGCCUUGCAAUCUUAAGUAUUUAAUUUCGAGUGUCCAAAGGCUGCCCUGGUUCUGUUCUAGGUUUAAAACAUGGGGACGAUGGUGGGUAGUUCUGAUUUGAAGUCUAUUCACAAUGAAGAAUUAAGCACCAGUGACAGCUUUUCCACGGAAGAUAGGAAAGUUAUAUUGCACGGAACAUUAGAUGUGUGGAUUUUUCAAGCCCGGGCUUUACCUAACAUGGAUCUCUUUUCCGAGAGACUGAGACAAUGUUUUUCAAUAUUUACUGCCUGUAGGAAACCCUUCUACAAAUUAAAGGGCCACGGUGAGCAUCGCAAAAUUAUUACCAGUGAUCCUUAUGUUUCUGUACAACUUGCUGAUGCUACAGUGGCUCAAACUCGUGUGAUAAACAAUUGCCAGCAUCCAAUCUGGAAUGAACAUUUCGUAAUUCAAGUGGCCCAUCCAGUGGACGAGGUGCGCUUCGUUGUUAAAGACGAUGACUUGAUGGGAGCAGAUUUUAUAGGGACUGUGGCAAUUUCUGCAGAGAGAGUUUUAAGAGGCGAGAAGAUUGAAGACUGGUUCCCCGUGCUUGGUGCCAAUGGACUGCCUCCAAAGCCCAAUGCAUCUUUGAGGAUUGCAAUGGAGUUUUCUCCGGCGGAAAAUAAUCCUUUAUUUGGAUUAGGCGUGGGUUCUGGCCCCAAUUAUCAGGGAGUGCCUCGGACUUAUUUCCCACUUCGAAAAUGUGGGAUGAUUACUCUUUAUCAGGAUGCUCAUGGGGAGGAUAAUUCCUUUCUGAAUAUUAAACUACAGGAUGGAAGGCUGUUUGAACGGAAAAAUUGCUGGGAGGAUAUGUGCCAUGCCAUAUUAGAAGCACACCACUUGGUUUACAUUGCUGGUUGGUCCAUAUAUACCAAAAUUAAGCUUAUAAGGGAGCACACAAGGCCAUUGCCGCGCGGAGGAAAUUUGAAUUUGGGUGAGCUUCUCAAAUUUAAGUCUCAGGAAGGAUUGCGCGUCCUGUUACUUGUAUGGGAUGACAAGACUUCACAUGACAGUCUGUUCAUUAAAACGGAUGGAAUCAUGCAAACACAUGAUGAAGAAACUCGGAAAUUCUUCAAUCAUUCUUCUGUUCAUUGUGUGCUUUCACCUCGCUAUGCUAGCAGUAAGCUGAGUUGGUUUAAACAACAAGUCGUGGGCACGUUAUACACUCACCAUCAGAAGAUCGUCAUUGUUGAUGCAGAAACUGGUAGUGAUGAUCGGAGGCUUAUUUCUUUUAUAGGUGGGCUAGACAUGUGUGAUGGUCGUUAUGAUACCCCAAGGCAUCCAUUGUUCAAGACUCUGAAGACUUCCCAUAAGGAUGACUAUCACAAUCCUACAUUUGCAGGAACAGUUGACACAGGUGGCCCUAGGGAGCCCUGGCAUGAUAUGCACUGCAAAAUAGAAGGUCCUGCUGCAUAUGAUGUGCUUACAAAUUUUGAGCAACGGUGGCGAAAAGCAACAAAAUGGCGUAAUAUUGGUAGGCGUUUUAAGAAAAUUGCUAGAUGGUAUGAUGAUGCCCUUAUCAAUUUGAAUCGAAUGUCAUGGAUACGUAGCCCAACAAUGAAUAUUCCUGAUGGUGACCCUCAUCUGUGGGUUUCAGAUGGAGAUGAUCCAGAAACUUGGCAUGUGCAGGUUUUUCGUUCUAUUGACUCUGGAUCAGUCAAAGGUUUUCCGAAGUCUGCUGGAGAAGCAGAAAGCCAGAAUCUUGUUUGUGGGAAAAAUCUGGUUAUUGAUAUGAGCAUACAUACAGCUUAUAUUAUGGCUAUCCGAUCAGCACAACACUUCAUCUACAUUGAAAAUCAAUAUUUCAUAGGGUCUUCUUACAACUGGUUAUCUUACAAGAAUGCAGGUGCAAACAAUAUGAUUCCUAUAGAACUAGCUUUAAAGGUUGCAAGUAAAAUCAGGAGAAAUGAGAGGUUUGCAGUUUACAUUGUGAUACCAAUGUGGCCUGAAGGUGUCCCUACCAGUGCAGUUGUGCAAGAAAUUCUUUUUUGGCAGGGUCAAACAAUGCAGAUGAUGUAUAAUAUCAUUGCUAAUGCCCUUCAAGAUGCAGGGAUGUCAGAAACGUAUCAUCCGCAAGAUUAUUUGAAUUUUUAUUGCCUUGGCAAUCGAGAAACAAAUGACGAGAAUGUGCCACUUCCAACAUGCCCACCAGCUGGAAAUAGCAUUCAGGGACAAGUUCAAAAAUAUCGCAGAUUUAUGAUCUAUGUUCAUGCAAAGGGAAUGAUUGUUGAUGAUGAAUAUGUUAUGCUAGGCUCUGCAAACAUUAACCAACGCUCUCUAGAUGGGUCACGAGAUACAGAGAUUGCUAUGGGUUCCUAUCAACCUCAUUAUACGUGGGAUCAGAAGAAAUGUCACCCACGUGGUCAGGUUUAUGGAUAUAGGAUGUCAUUGUGGGCAGAACACCUUGGAACCAUUGAAGAUUGCUUUCUUCAUCCAGAAAGGAUAGAGUGUGUUAAAAGAGUUAAUUCUCUAGCAGAACAAUACUGGAAUCAAUUUGUGGCUGAAGAAGUGACAGAUCUGAAAGGUCAUCUCUUGAAGUACCCUGUACAAGUGGACGCAAAUGGCAAGGUUGGACCAUUGCCCGGACACGAAGUUUUCCCUGACGUUGGAGGCAAAGUUUUGGGGGCACCUGCCUCUCUUCCUUGUAAUUUAACAACUUGAUUUAAAUCGUUUAUUUUGUAGAAGAUGAACAAUUUUUAUUUAGAAUACAGAAAUGAUGAAUUGGUCGGAAAAAAAUGGUUCUUAUUUUUGCCGUGGAAGAGAAAUUGUUCCAUUUACUCC